AUGCGUGGCUUACGAACACCUUCUUCAUCGCGGGUUGAUCUAAGGACUGCAGACGAUAUGGAUAGAGAUGUUGUGAGCCGUAGAAAGAGCCACGGAAGAGCUGCGCAUACCACGACUCUUGAAGACGGAGACGAUGUAAGAGACCAAGACAUUCGUGUCACUGAUGGCUGUUCUGAAUUUAGAUACGACCAGACUCGAGUUCAUCAACCACAGGAAGAGACAUUUGAGGAUAUCGUCAACGACUGGAACGGCAAUCCAAACGGCUCAUUCUCUGAAAAUGAUGCACUGGCUGCCUACAUAUUGCCUGGAACGGAUUAUGGCGGUAUAAACAUGGCGUAUCAAGAACCAUUUUCUCGAACUCAGCCAGAUACAGUACCUUCUAUCCUUGACCAUGGCCCAGCUCCGAACGAUACGCAUUCUCGUGACACGUUGAAUCAUCUGGCCAGUAAGCCGAACUAUACAUGUAUAUUCCAGCCGCCCAAGAAUGUUCACGAGUGUAUGAAAAACCUUUCGAAACUCAGUCUGGACCUAUAUGAGCAUUCCAUCAUCAUUCCUCCACUUUCAACGCACCCUGACACCUCUUCUGCGGAAUCGGGCGCGGACACAAGGAGUGAUGUUGAAACUGCAACUAAGAUUAUACAGAACCAAUACCCAGCGAAUCAUGAAGCUCAGGAAACCGAAGAAUUCCCUAUCGACGAUACUUUCCACCUGACUACCGCUCUUCUGGACAUCGUCUGCUAUCUAAAUGAAUUCCGGACUGACGUUUCACACAUAACCACCGAAACAGCAGGAAAUUCGUCCAACAAGCGUCCGCAGCCUAACAAAAUCGUUUCCUGGGAGGACGUCGUCGAAACACGAGGUGAUGCGAGGCAAGGUGUUUGCGACCGCACUGUCGAUAAAGCGACCGUCAUGCUUGUCAUUUCUUGUUACACGCGGCUGAUGGAUGUUUACGAAUGCCUUUUUGGCCAUAUAAAAGCUUGUGUGGAGAAGGCGAUUCUCCCAAGAAACAAUGCUGGCCAACUAGUUUCUCUGCCAGCAGUAAGAGUUGGAUCCUUCCAAGUACCAACGUCAAAAGCCAUACCGCUCCAAGUAAUGACGCUUUUGCAACUUUCAUCUAGUGUUGGAGGUAAUAUGAAAACCUUACUAGAUAGACUGCAAACCUCGCCAUGGGGCGGUACAAAAGGUAUGCUGGAUACAAACGAGUCAACUUUAGAUAUUAUGUGUAAAGAUGUCAAACACCGUGUCCUCGAUGUAUCUAGACAGAUCCGUGUGACGUGGACGAUCUUGUAUCAAUCAGGGCUACUGCAAAACAGAUCCAGUUAG